AUAUAAUAUAAAAGCAUCAUUUUUACCGAAAUUGAUUUCAUGAGAAAAAAAAAGAAAGUUUUUUUGAGACACAUAUCAGAAAAAGCGUCACUAAUUUAUUCCCAGCCUGUAACUGUGAGGACGGAAUCUUACAAGUACAGUCCAGACGUGAACGAUGUGCCUCGAUCCACGUCAAAUAUCCCUAUUGUUGAAACAAAGACGCAUAAGGUAACAUACGAAAAAGACGGCAUACCGUAUGAAACAGAAGAUAGUAUAUUAAUCAGCGCUCAUUCAGUGACCACUAAAUCACAGACCAUCGAUACCACUACAUAUAAAACAGAGAGGGACGGAGUUGUAGAAACACGUGUUGAGAGAAAGAUUACAGUCACCAGUGAUGGGGAUGAUGAUUUGGACCAUGAUGCUUUGUUGCGGGCAGCCAUCGAGCAAGUGACAAACAUGAAUCCAGAUUUGUCAGUAGAGAAGAUAGAAUGUAUGAGACAAAUAGAAGAAGUAAAUGGCAUAUGAAAGGUUUAAAUAUACUGCAGCAAACCUUUGGUGAUUCAGAUGCAAUAAUUCAAGCUUUCAUGUGCUUUCGAACAGUGACUAAAAUAGCCACCAAUGAGUGCCUAUACAUUUUUUCAUAUAAAUAUAGACAGCCAAUCAUAGUAAUGCUUCACAAUAUUGUCAUAAGUGAUGUCAGAGGUGACAUCAGUUGUGAUGUCAUGAUAUCAUCCAAUGAUGUCAUGUGUGAUGUCAUCCAAUCGGUACAUGAUGUCAUCCACACCAUAGACAACUUGUAAAUAGUGAAAAGGCAGUGUAGUGUUUGUGCAUAAUGAAAUAAAAUAAAAAUCAAGGGUGUUACAGACAACAGAACUUUGAAAUGUAUAUUGAGAGUAAUGUUUGAAAUGAAAAUAACUGUGUAGAUUUAUUAUAUGUCUAAUGUUCAUGAAAUGGAUGGAAUUGUAUUUAUAUAGUGAAUUUUGAAAAGGGUUAUCAUUAUACCAUGAAAUUGAAAAGAUUACUGUUAAAUUAAUGCCAUUGUACAGGUUUUAAAAAUAGGGAAAAUACGAUGGAUAAAUCAAACUGGUGUUGUUGUUUGUCAUUUUGUUUUAUUUUAAGAUCAGAUGUUGCUUCAGUCAUUUGUUAAUUUGUUUCGAGUUUUGAUGUCAACUGGAUUUCAUUAGUCAGCUUUAUGAAAUGACUGUAAUUGGGUUUGUGUGUAUUUAUCUACAUUGCAUGAUUAUUAUCAAGAUGUGCUGUUUUAAUUGAGACAAUGCAGAGAGGUCUCAGAAAUUCUUCUUUUUGUAAAGAUGUCUGAAAACUUUCGUUGAAGCAACAUUUAAUUAUUUUUUUGGCACUACAUCAAGUAAAUUGUUGAUUUUGAAGUUGUUACAUUAGUUUGAAUUUAACCAUUUUAUUUGUGUUGGAAAAACAAGGGUUUUUUUCAGGAAAGAAGUGUUUCACAGACUGUCUCAGUCCAUUUGAAUAUAAUUUUUACAUCAACAUAUAUUUAUGUAGAAACAUUCACAUAUGUGUGGUUUUCUAAUAUCUUAUUCACAGUGAUAGGUAAUAAUAAGUAAAUGACUGUGAAAAUGUAAUGAUUAUUAAAAGGGCCCUUUAGUUUCAAUGCUUUGAUGUUCAAUUCACAGACUAGUUUUUAUGUUGAUUAUUUGUAAAAGAAUGCAGGAAAAUCACACAGAUUAUUCUUCAAAUUUCCAUUCAUUGCCAUUUUACAUAACUAUAUUAAAUUAUGUUUUAUUUUAUACUAUAUUCCUAGGUUGUGAGAGAUUUUCCUUCUAUAUUUGUUAACAGAAAAUGCUUAAAUUGCUAUUUUAUUCCAUAGAUAAGUUUACAUAAGGCUUGAUUUGGCAUAGUAUUGUAUGUUUUAGACCUUCUUUCCCUGUUUUAGAAAAUGGAAUAUCCCAGUUCCUUUGUUGGAAGAAUCCAUACAGUGUGGAUUAUUCCAUUUCCUGUGUAAGAAUAAUCCAUAAACAAUAGAAUAUUCCAUUUUUGGUGUGGAGGAAUCCAUGGAAUCUGGAAUAUUUCAUUUAUUAGUGUUGGAAGAAUCCAUAAGUAAGAAGAUUGUGGGGGUGUAACAUUAGUAAAAUGCAGAAAAAAGUGUGACUGAAAAUCAUAUGGUGACCUUGAAUGUGACCUUUUGUAUGUUUUACUAUGUUUAUUUUUAGAAUUUUAAUUUUGUUAUAUUAUUAUUUACUUUUUAUGCUGCUUUUAUUUUUAAUCAUAAAUAUUAUGUCCAUUUUCCUGUUUUUUGCUUUUAACACCGUGUAAAACGAGUUGUAUUUUUACAGACUAACUCCUUGAAGCACUAAUAUUGCGUAGCUAGAAUGGACAGACAAAUGCUGACUAUUAUUUCAAAGUUUUGACUCAGUAACUGGUCAAAAGACAAUAUUAUACAUUCAUAUAAUGAUUAUUAAAAUGGUUAUUAUAAUUAAUUAUACAAGACUUUAAAAUUGUAACAAGCAAAGUUUAUUCAAUUGUAAACAAUACCUAUAAGAACCUGUAUGCCUUUUUAUCUUACUGGAUGUAGUAUAUUGAAAUAAAUUAAUUAAAAUUUUAUGAAGAAAUAGAUUUGUACUUGUUUAAACUA